GACUUUGCCUACGACCUCACAACGACCGCCGCCUUCCGUGGACAUCCUGGAGAUCUUCGCCGGCGAAGCAAAACCAUCGGCACGUGCAUCAAGGUUUGGUCUCAACGCGUGCCAGCCCUUCGACCUAAACUUCGGUUGGGACCUUAGCCAACCAGACCAGCAGCGGAUGAUAAUGAAUUUCGUUCGCCGCCUGCGACCUUGGGCUAUCAUCAUCGGCUACCCGGGGACCCUCUACAGCGUCUUCGGUGAGAACAUCAAUGACAAGUCCGAUGAGUACCUCCUUCGCAGAGCCGCGGACCAACCCAUGAGAAGUUUCACAGCGGCACUUUGCCGCACACAAUAUGAUGCAGGCAGACUGUUCUUCCUCGACAAUCCCAAGAACAGCCGACUUUGGAGCCAGACCGAGAUGGCAUCGCUCCUUGACCUGCCCGGUGUCACAACAACCGCGGCCCACUUUGGAGCCUUCGGCGCCGAGACCGCGGACGGCCAGCCCAUCAAGAAAGCGAUACAAAUCAUGUCAAAUUUUCCUGGCCUCAACCGCGACUUCGGCAAACGUCUUUCGGGUUGGAUUGCACAACACGAACCACAACGUUUCGGCUACUUUACGGUGUACGCCCUCUCACGGCCUACUGUGGACGCUGCUGCCUGGGACAACGUGUUCAAGCAGGUGGAGAAAAGCUUCGUUGGCAGCAACCGGCGGCCCUACAUCGUCGACCCCGACUCCACAUUCGGCAAGGAAAUCCAAGACCUCUUCAGGAUGGAUGCGGUGCGAAUCCAAGUGGCGAAUACUCCAACCCAACGGCACUUCCACUCCGACAUACCUCACUUGGCGAGGGGAGCCGCUCUUCAGCACAUCGACGGCUCCCGACUGGUGGAAGUGGAACAGUUGGAUGAAGUGAGACAACCGAAAGGCCGAUUCAGUAAGCCAGUGCAGUUUGCAGUUUUCAUUUAUGGCUCCUCGCGACAAGCAGAUGAACUUCAGCAUUCAACACAAGAGGACCCAGGACCUGAGGUUCCCAUUGGCGGCCUCCCUACCGACGUGACCUUUCCAGGCUGCGACAAGAUACCGAUUUCAGUCCGGAGAUCGGUGGCGCGACUUCAUGUGAAUUUGGGGCAUCCCAGCGCCCAAGAGCUCAACCGACUGUUGUGCCACCGUGGAGUUCCGAGCGCUGGCGUCCAGGAGUGCGUGCGGAAACUCAGUUGUGCUACCUGCAAGAGACUUGCGGGUCCCCAGCAGCCGCGACCCUCUUCGACGCCGAGCCUUCAAGCUGGACAGUUUGGCGAUCUUGUUCAGGGUGAUUUCUUUUGGGUGAG